UCCUCGUGUACUUCACUCCCAGGGACCCUAGAGGGUGUAUGUCCAGCAACUGCCCCAGGGCACAUUCCAGAAAGUUCCACCUGUGGGGCGCCACCCGUUUACUGCCGUGUUGUGAGUUGCUUCCAGGCUCCUCCGUUAAGGAAAUGAUGAGUGAUGAAGCGGAGUUUACUGUAGGGCCUGAAAACCAAAUGGAACUUUGUGGAGAACCCGAGACUCCUUCUUCAUCUAAGGAAAAGCUGAGUAUGGACCUGCUGUCCAUGAAACAGGAAGAAGAGGGAGAAUCCUCUGUUUGGCCCUCAUCCGUGUCCACGGAAGAUGAUGUUACCGUCACUCACGACGUUCACGAGGAGAAGAUGGAAAAUGGUCAACUCUCACCCGAUGGCUUCUUGUCAAAAUCUGCUGCCCCGGAGCUUAUGAAUACGGCAGGAGAUAGUAUCCCACCCGACCAAGUGGAUUCUCUGUCUGAUGAUUUCACUGGUCUCAGGAAAGAUGACCCGAUGCACGAUCCUGGUAGUCAUGCACUCACAGGAGGAACCAAGAACUGCAAUGUCUCUGUAGAUGAUCGAAAAGUCUCAGUAGCAUCUGCUUUGGAAACUGGGCCAAGUACGUCGCAAAUAACUCCUGCUCUGGCACAAGGAAUCAAUGCUGAUAUAAAACACCAGUUAAUGAAGGAAGUUCGAAAAUUCGGGCGAAAGUAUGAAAGAAUUUUCAUUUUGCUUGAAGGAGUGCAAGGACCUCUUGCAGUGAGGAAACAAUUUAUUGAAUUUACCAUCAAGGAAGCUGCAAGGUUCAAAAGACGAGUCUUAAUACAAUACCUUGAGAAGAGACAUUACAAAGUGCACCUGAGGCUGCCUCAGGCCCUGACAUUUGUUCUCGCAUGUGACGACAGGAAGUCUUCAGGUGGACUUGUGCUUCUGUUCUUCAGAAGCACUAAAAGAGAAAAUAAUAGUGGAGAAGCAGCUAUGUGAAGGAUGUUCCUCAGAAACAUUGAAAGGCAAGUGAAGAAGCUGCCGAUGCUUAUGGCAAAGAACAGACAUGCCGGAAUCCUGGAAAGAAAAACUGAGGAGUGAGAUACUGUGGAGAAGAAGGGCUUUGAAAUGCUCCCGUGUAUAUCUGCUUAUGUAGAAAGCCAUGUGCAUGCCCAGGGCAGGACUCAGUCAGAAGAGACCGGAGAAGACCAUCAGAUUUCACCUCUGGCUAAUCUUUAGGGUCAGGAAAAUAAAUGACAAGAGCAACUAGUCAGAAGAUCAGUAAGGAGGGACUUCCCUGGUGGCACAGUGGUUAAGUAUCCACUGCCAAUGCAAGGACAUGGGUUUGAUCCCUAGUCCGGGAAGAUCCCACAUGCUGCGGAGCACCUAAGCCUGCGAGCCACAACUACUGAGCCCGUGUGCCACAACUACUGAAGCCCGUGUGCCUGGAGCCUGUGCUCCACAGCAAGAGAAGUCACCACAAGGAGACGUCCGUGCACCGCAAUGGAAGCGUAGCCACCACUCGCCGCAAGUAGAGAAAGCCCACUCACGGUAACGAAGACCCAACACAGCCAAAAAUAAAUAAAUAAAUAAAAACAGUAAACUGAUUUAAAAAAUAAAAUGAGGGGAUUCCCUGGGGGCGCAGUGGUUGAGAGUCCGCCUGCCGAUGCAGGGGACACGGGUUCGUGCCCCGGUCCGGGAGGAUCCCACAUGCCGCGGAGCGGCUGAAAAUUAAUUAUCUGUGCCCAGUGUUAGAACAGUAGAAUAAACCCAAAGAAAAUAGAAAGAAGGAGCUAGUAAAAAUCAACCAGAAAUUAAUUAAAUAGACUGCAAUAGGGAAAAUCAACAAAACCAAAAGUUUGUCCUUUGAAAGCAACAAAAACAUAGACAAACCUUUAGCGAAACUGAUCGAGCGAAAGAAUCCACAAAUAGAUAACAUUAGAAAUGAAAAAGGAGACAUAACUAUGGAUCCAGCAAAGAUUUUAAAAGGGGGUGGUAAAUACUGUGAACAACUUUAUAUUAAAAUGGAAAACUUAGGUGAAAUAGGCAAAUUUACAGAAAAAUUUAACUGCAUAUCUAUGUGGAAAUAAUCACCUUUUUAAUAAGUUCACUAGAUAACCAUACAGGAAACAUGAACCUUGACAUUUACUUCAUUGCAUACACAAUAAUUUCUUUGAGAUGGGUCAGAGAUCUAGAAGAAAACUUGGGACAUCAUCUUCAUGCCUUUGGGGCUGAGGUCCAGCAUCCAAGGAAAGCACCCCCCCAACUUCACCCUGAUGAACACCCAAGGAAGUGUCCCCC